UUCCUCUUCAAAAUCUGGGGUAGACUAAUGUCAAUUCUCAGGAGAGCGCCGGGAAUGCACAGCACUUGUUCUUCACCAUGAUCCUUCUCGAUGCAUUCGAGCACCUCAAGGCCAUUCCUUCGCAGUCCGAGUCUGAUUCUGAGGAAUCCAGUCCACAGCCAUCUACAGUGACAACACGAACGAGCUCUUCGGAUUCACCACCUCCCUAUUCCAGGCCUGUAACGCCGGGGCAGCAGCACACGUCCUCGGCUUCGCGUAGUCAGGCGCAUCGGGAUAUUGAAGCGAAUCUCUCCGACGGAAACCAUGGUCGCCUUAGAAAACGCCGCGGUAAAUGGGCAAAGAAAGUUUCGACCAUCACUUUGGUCUCUCUUAUCAUCGUUACUGCUUGGCGAUUCGUCAUUCUGGAGCAGUGGGAGCAUCACGUAGGGGAAUUCUGGUCAUCCUCCACACGGAAUCCCUUCAAAGAACACAAGCAUCACAAUGGUUCACUUCCACCCACAAAGCCUCAUUAUCCAAUCGGAUUUCCUGGUGACGCUUCUGAAACUGAAAAGGAGCUGUCUACGCUACGAAGUUUCUGUGUUGCAAGAGCAUCUUGGUCUCCAACUACCCGACAUCCAAAAGACGCCGUUCCUUUCCAUUCCUCUAGCACCUCACUACAUCUACCCUUGGAUGCCUCCUCGUUCUUUCUUCUCUCUCGAGUACCCCAUGCUUCAGGAAAGCUUCAGAUCCUUCAGACUUCCGCACCGAAUGAAAAUCCUAGAGUGUUCUUGAUGGCACGACAUAUCGGCCAGAAAGCGUUAGAACCUCUAUCUGUUUGCCUUAUGGAGAAAUUACCCGGUGUGGUUGGCGUCGGGAUUUUUACAGAUGAACACCCCAAACAUGACGAGUCAUUGGACUUUGAUAUCACUCUUUUGCUACCAAAUUCCCUGUCGGCAAACUCCCCAUACAAUCUAGAAACAGAUCUACCUAAAUUCUCCCACAAGCUCGAUGCCAAUAUACCCUGGGGGUCAGUACACUUGAAGUCCAAAGGCAUGCCAAUAUCUGGCGACAUUCAAGCGCGCGAUGUUACCAUACACACGUCUCAUGCCUCUGUCCACGGUGACAUCAAGGCGUCAGGACUCGUAUCGAUUAGUACAACGCACUCUCCUAUCGACGUGAACAUCACUUUGGAAAGCCAUCGCUCAUAUUUCUCGUCACUCGACAUAUCAAAUACAGACUCCACAAUCAAUGCGAACGUCGCACUCACAACUACCUCCCUCAUAGGCGGUAGAUACGAGGUCAAAGUAAAAGGACCGAACACAACGUUAGAUAUGAACUUCCCUUCUGCACCUGCAAGUUCAGUGCUCAAUCUGGAAUCUAUCACCUCGGAACAGCCAAGCUACAUCGUGCUUCCUCCUCAGUAUGAAGGAGAUUUUACUUUGAUGUCAUUGGGUGGAGAUCCUCCUAUUGUCUCGCCGCGGAAGGGCUCCGCUGAGCGGCUUGUGAAAAGUGUUACAAGCCAAUCUCAGAGUGUAAUAGUUCGUGGGCGCAUUUCACCGACCGGGAACGAAGACUUGGAGGGGUCGGUUAGUGUCACGACCUCUAGGGUGGGUAAUACUUUGGUGGUUUGAGUUUUAAUCAGGAUAUCUAUUCUCUGUGCUAUGUAGAACUCAACAUGUACGCUUUCCCUCACCUUUCAACUCUCCUAUAUUCCGCUUCAAGUAUCCGAAGUAUUGAAACCCUUGUUUUGACCUAGCUAUUCUUUGCUCUGUUACCCAAUACAUCGUCCAUCGCUUUCUCGACCUAAAGACUGGCACGAUCCUGAA